CGUAUAAGCGAAUGUGACGUUGUGAGUUGGAGUGAAAAAACAAUAAAAAUGUUGUUAUCCUUACGUCAAUAUUUAUACAACAAUACUACAGUUAUUCUUUUAAUAACACUACAAUUAUUUGCACUAACACAUGCGCGAAUUAUAAGUGAUUGUGACACGGUUGCAUCGGAGACAACGGAUUAUAUACCAAAUUCGGAUAACACAUGUAAAAUCCGUUAUCCGUAUAUUUACUGUAAUGGUGAAGAGUCGGCUUACUGCACACAGGAUGAAUGUUUGGAGGAGUACGACUGCGAGAGUGAAGAUAUAAAUGAGUUACCAGACGAAGUUGAUGCGUCAACAACAACAACAGCUGCGCCCGCAACAACAAUAACUGAGAGUACAACAGUAACGCCUACAACAAUAAUUGCAGCAUUUACUGCAACCACAACAACAACAGCUAGUACCACUACCACAACGCAAGUUUCACCAAUAACAACAACAAAAACAACAGAACAAGCUCCAGUUACAAUAACAACAGACACACAAAAUGUCAAAAAUCUUUGUCGUAGAGGUGUCUUCGCUACCUAUCCUUAUCCAAGAAAUUGCCGUUAUUAUUACCGUUGCUCUAACGGUUAUUUCUUAUUACAAGAGUGUGGCUAUUUAAUGUCCUUCGAUGCGUUCGACGGUUUGUGUAAGAACACCAAAGAGGCGAGGUGUCUAAGCCGACUGAUAAGUAAACAGUUUUGAUUAAAAAGUCAAUUUGUAUUAGAAAUUAAGUAUUCAAUAAGUUUUGGUAGUACAAAAUUUUAAAUAAUAAAUUAUUUAAUCGAAUAUUAAA